AUGGUAAGAAGUAGCAGUGUGUGUCUCAGGAGAUAUGGGAGAGCUGGAAGAAGGCUCGGGAGGAUCCAGAUUCAAGAGAAAGCUGAAAAAUAUGGUCGUGAGCCCACACCAAUGGAGGUGUUCACUUACAUUCACACAAAGGACCACGAUGGACAUACGUUUGUUGACAGAUGUGUGAUUAGCAUUAGUGAGAACUACAGUACAGCUCAUAAGCGUAUUGUUUCUUCUCAGGCUGGAUCGGAAGCUGAGCCGAGAAUUGAUGAGUUAGCACUGUAUCUGGAGGCGGCAGGGGGAAAAAAGAAGGGAAAAGUAUAUGGCAUCGGUCUCAGAGCAGGAGACAGAGAGCUUGCAGAGUUUAGAGCGCAUGUAAUGCGGAUAUCCGAUUUGCAUAGUUCUGGUACUUCUUCCUCCGAUUCUCCGCCUGCUAUAGAUCCACAUGUUUCUACUCUGCAUCAGCCACCAUCUUCUCCUCUUCAUCCAGAUACUGUCGACAAUACCUUGGUCACUCCUGCAAACACUACAGCAGACACUACACUGGAUUGUCCAGAAAACCAUUACCGUGGAUUUGAUUUUAGACCAUUUUAG